AUGGCGCAGUAUCUGCAGCAAGUGUUUGGCGGACCCAAGUCGGUCGUGUCGUCAGUCACGUCUGAUGUAGAUGCUGACUUCGCCGACUACGCGACAGCAGCUUCGCCCGUCCCACCCUCGCAUGCUGCUGUACCCGCUGCAGCACAGACGGGUCUCAACGCUGCCAACAUAGCGAGCGCAGCACGGCCGUACACGAAAUGGUAUCGAGUAUGGGAACGUGUGACGCUGGCCGACUUUUGGCAGGAAUUCUUCAUCCUACCUAUAUUACUGGUGGUUGUCCUCGUCAAUCUCUGGGGUAGUCGGGCGAAUAGACACAAGGCAAAGCAAUGGGCUGCUACUCACUUGCCGAUGCUGGAAAGCGAGUUCGCCAGCGUUGGGUUCAGUGGGAGACAUACGAGCGUCGGCGACGUGGAAGGCUCGUCGCUUGCCAAGACGCUGGCAGGAUCGACAGACGUCCCGGCUGAUAUGCUGAAGGAGAGGAGUAAAGACGUCUACACCACCUACGCCACAGGACGCCAGAACGUGGCAUUCUUGGACGUCAAGAUCAGCCUCUACCCUCGCUACAACCCAUUCAAAUGGUUCUUGGAAGCAGGUCUAUCCUUGUUCUUCGACUCGGUACCCAUGCCCAAGGAACGCCUGGAAGCUACAGCCUACUGUUUCGAUGGCAAGGAGAAGUCGAUCAUUUCGCAAGGACAGGGUGCAGGUGGUCAGAGCAAAGACAGCAGCUACGAUGGUUUCGUGUGGGCGGUCGUGCACAAGGACAAGAUGAACCAGCUUCGUACUGAUCGUUACGAUGUUUCUUUGACCACGACGAAAGAUCAUCCCAAGCUGCCUAUCUGGGCGACGGUCAUGAGCGAGAGUGCUGAGGUGACGGAGGCACUGCUUACGCCGGAUCUAAUCAAGGCUAUCACGGAUGCUGGAGAGGAUCUGGAGUCGUUGAUUGUUAGUGAUCAGCCGAUUGACGCGCCUAAGAAACUCAACGACACCAUCCCCAAAAAGCGCAUCUCCCUCGCCAUGCGCCUCAACACCACCCCCGCCAGCACCUCCCUCUUCGCCUACUUCCUCCGCCUCCCGGACCAUCUAGUCAGCACCGCGCAUUUCCGGCCCGAAGCGCUCCGAAAAGUGCGAGCGACGCGCGAAGAGGAAAUGCGCAAGAUCCGGAAAGUGGACGAGGAUGAGAAGGCGGAGGAGCGGAGGACGCAGGGCGAUAAGUUGAAGAGGGAGGAGAGGGAUCGGAGGCUGGGGAAGAUGAAUGCGGAUGAGCAGAAGAAGUUUUUGGAGAAGGAGAAGGACAAGGAUCAGAGAAGGAAUAUGAAGAAGAGGAGUGCGAAGGCUUGA